AUGUUACUUCUGUUUUUAUCCGUCUGCAUUGCAGCAGUAUUCGCCACUGCGUGCUCGCCACCAAACGUGAAAGUCACAGUCAACAAUGGCAGUCCUUUCCAGGUGCCCAUAUUCAAAGACUGUAACUACGGAUCUCCAGCACCUACUACUCCCAGCAAUGCCAUCCCAGCAUCAGCAACAAAUGCCUCGGCGGACUACACACAAUUCGUCGAUUCGACCGGCGCAACCCUGGACAAGGACAGCACAGGGGAACUUCUAGAAUUCUUCGGACAAGCAGUCAGUCUCCAGGUACUGCUCAGUCAAACGUUAUGUACGGUUACGGACACGUCGAACGAUGUUGUUGUUAUACAGGAUGAUGACGAGAGUUUGGAUGGGGAUGGUACGGCGUUGAGCGUCUCGAAUUAUCGGUGCAUUAUUGAUUUGAACUGA